AUGAGGACCCUACACCAUAAACUCUUUGCCACAUUCUUUCUCCUGACACUGGUCUGUGCCCUGCAGGUACAGACGGCCCCGCUCCCAGAUGACUGGGGCACGGAGCUGAUCUCGCGUGCCAAGAGGUCCCUGCUCUGGCGGUGGAACACCCUGCGCCCCGUGGGAGCCAGCUGCCGGGAAAGCUCGGAGUGUGGGACCAAGUACUGCAGGGCUCGAACCUGCGCUUUCCAAGUGUUCGCAUCUUAA